AUGCCGCCCGCCGCGCGCGACGACGGCGAGGCGGGCAUGCCCAUGGCGCCCAUCCCCUCGGCGACGCUCGUCGUGCUGGCGCCGUGUGCCGCGCACCAGUGGCGCGCGCCGCAGUGGCGCACGCUGCUCGUGUCGCGCUCCGCCCGCCUCGGCUCGUCGUUCCGCUCCGCCGUCGUCUUUCCCGGCGGCGCCGUCGAUGCCGCCGACUAUGCGGCGCUGCACGUGCCGCACGGCGAGCGCAAGAGUGCCGCGGGCAAGCGGGCGCUGCAGCUGGCGGCGCUGCGCGAGACGUUCGAGGAGACGGGCCUGCUGCUCGUGCCCAGCCGCAGCACGGGCAGCCGGCUCAGCAGCCGGGCCGUGGGCGCGGGAGAGGCCGGUGUCAGCGUCGAGGAGUGGGCACGGAUGCGCGAGGCUGUGCACAACGAUGCGAGCCGCUUUGCGCCCUUCCUGGCGCAGGUGUGCAAGCACCUCGGCAUCGCCGGCGACGCCGACAGUGCUGAUGCGCUGCCGCUGGCGGCCAUGAUGGAGUUUUCGCGCUGGAUCACGCCGCGCACCAUCGUGCGUCCGGCCAAGCGCUUCGACGCGCACUUCUUCCUCACCGUGCUCGACGCGCCCGACGUGCUCACGCCCGACACGGCGAGCGCGAGCGGUGCGUCCGAGGGCAUCGCCGCUACCACCAAGGGCGGGCUGGGCCUCAGCGCCGACGGCACCGAGACGCUCAAUCUCAAGGUCGAGACGCCCGCCGACAUCCUGGCGGCGGCGAUGCGCGAGGAGUUCCUCCUCAUGCCGCCGCAGUUCUACAUUCUCGCCGACAUUGCCGCGGCGCUGGAGCGGCCGGGCGCGGGCGGCGUCGAGGCGCUGCGGCCACUGCGCUUCCUCGAUGCGCCGGGCGUGGGCAAGAAGGCACACGGCGUGUCGCCCGUUUACACCGAGGACCGGCCAGCAGAGCUGACGGCCAUCGAGCCGCGCUUCAUGCCCAAGGCCGGCAAGACGAUGCCGCUGCCGCACGCCUCCAACGCCUCGGCGGCCGAUCCCGCCGAGCAGGAGCGCUACGUCUUUCCCCUCGUCAUGCCCGGCGACGUCGACUGCUCGGCGGAGCAGCGCCUCGCCGCGGGCCUGCCGGCACGCCCGCCACAGGCGCAGCACGGCGCGCCGCGCAUCCUCAACCGCGUGCUCGUCAGCCCGCGCCCCGGCGGCGGCGGCGUGAGCGUCUUUGGCGUGAUCCGGCGCGGCAUGCCGGGCCUCGAGGACAUGAGUCUCGGCUGGACGGGCGAGGACGACGGCGAGAGCAUAGCGCCGAAGCUGUGA